CGAUUUGGAUAUGUAGUUAUUUUAUUUUAUUUUUUAAUUUUGAGGCUAUUUGUGUCAGUUUGCAUGGCAUAAAAUUUGUUUUCUCUAUAUAAACACCAAUUCACAAAUUCACUCUUCCUUUAAUUUUGUAUCACCCAAAACAUACCAAUGAGUGCAUUCUCUUCUUCUUCUUCAUCAUCGUCUUAUUCUUCUUCUUCUUCUUCGUCAUUGAAGUUGUUUGGUUUUCCUGUCACCGGCUGUGACCAAAUGACCGUCACACGUACAGCCCCACCGUCCGAUCAUCAUCAUGAUUUUGAUAGGAAGAGAUUUGAGUGUCAAUACUGUCGCCGAGAGUUUUCAAACUCUCAAGCUUUGGGUGGUCACCAAAACGCUCACAAGAGAGAAAGACAGCUUGCAAAGAGGGCUGAGUUCCAAGCCCAACAACAUUAUUAUCAACAUCAACGGUUUGCGGUCCCUCUUAACAUAGCAGCGCAUGGUUUGAGAUCAGGGCCCUCCAUUAAUCAUCAUCAAUAUCAUUCUAGUGGGUCCAUCAUGGCCAUAGGCUCUGCUGCAGCUCGGUUCCACAAUAAUAGUAAUGUGUCAUCAUCAUGGCCAAUGUCACCGGCUGUAGGUCCCAGAGAACAUGAAGAAAAAAUGUUUAUGAACAUCAAUGGAAAAUCUGCUCCAGUCUCAGAGGAUCUAAGACCCAGAAGAGGUGCUUAUAAUAAUAAUAUCGGGCAAGCUAACAAUGAAGCAAAUCUUGAAGAUGUUGAUCUCCAUCUCAGGCUUGCACCUUCCAAGUACACCAAAAAAUAGCCGAUCCGAAUUAAGAAGAAGAAGAAGAAGAAGAAGAUGAAGAUGAAGAAAAACUUUUUCUACACUUGUAUUUUUUCUUUCGAAUUUCAGGUGCGUAUAUGUAAAAAUUAAAAAGUGGAUUUGUAGAUGAUAGCUGCAGAUUCUCAAUGAUUUCAAGAAUAGAGUCUCUUUUGUUUUGAUUUUGUCAGAUUUAAUCAGUAUAAUUAAUUAUGGUGAAAUAAAAUGUCUGGCUGAAAUUAA